AGGGAGCCGGAGACGAGGGGACCAUGUACCGGGACCUGGAGGCGGCCAGCCCAGGGGCGCCCACCCGUGACGUCCUGCUGGUCUCUGCCAUCAUCACCAUCAGCCUUAGCGUCACUGUCGUCCUCUGCGGCCUCUGCCACUGGUGUCAGCGCAAACUGGGCAAACGCUACAAGAAUUCCUUGGAGACGGUGGGCACACCAGACUCGGGGCGUGGGCGCAGUGAGAAGAAGGCAAUCAAUGGCACCCUCCUGUCAGGCGCCAAAGUGGCCGCUGCGGCGGCGGGGCUGGCGGUGGAGCGGGAAGGCCGGCUGGGGGAGAAGCCGGCGCCGGUGCCGCCACCCGGAGAGGACGCCUUGAGAAGCGGCGGUUCUGCCCCCAGCGCGCCGGGCAGCGGUGGCAAGGCGGGGAGAGGCCGCUGGCGGACAGUGCAGAGCCACCUGGCCGCAGGGAAGCUCAACUUGUCCAAGUUGCCCACAGGCGGGAAGGCAGUGAACACAGCUCCAGUGCCAGGCCAGACACCGCACGAUGAGUCUGACCACCGCACCGAGCCGCGCUCCUCUGUCUCGGACCUCGUCAACUCCCUCACCAGCGAGAUGCUCAUGCUCUCCCCAGGCUCCGAAGAGGACGAGGCCCAUGAGGGCUGCAGCCGAGAGAACCUGGGCCGGAUCCAGUUCAGCGUGGGCUACAACUUCCAGGAGUCCACACUCACUGUAAAGAUCAUGAAGGCCCAGGAGCUGCCAGCCAAGGACUUCAGCGGCACCAGUGACCCCUUCGUCAAGAUCUACCUGCUGCCAGACAAGAAGCACAAGCUGGAGACCAAGGUGAAGCGGAAGAACCUGAACCCCCACUGGAAUGAGACCUUCCUCUUUGAAGGUUUUCCCUACGAGAAGGUGGUGCAGAGGGUCCUCUACCUCCAGGUCCUGGACUACGACCGCUUCAGCCGCAAUGACCCCAUCGGGGAGGUGUCCAUCCCCCUCAACAAGAUAGACCUGACCCAGAUGCAGACCUUCUGGAAGGAUCUGAAGCCAUGCAGCGAUGGGAGCGGGAGCCGAGGGGAGCUGCUUUUGUCUCUCUGCUACAACCCCUCUGCCAACUCCAUCAUCGUGAACAUCAUCAAAGCCCGGAACCUCAAAGCCAUGGACAUCGGGGGGACAUCAGACCCCUACGUGAAGGUGUGGCUAAUGUACAAAGACAAACGGGUGGAGAAGAAGAAGACGGUGACGAUGAAGAGGAACCUGAACCCCAUCUUCAACGAGUCCUUCGCCUUUGAUAUUCCCACGGAGAAGCUGAGGGAGACCACCAUCAUCAUCACUGUCAUGGACAAGGACAAGCUCAGCCGCAAUGAUGUCAUCGGCAAGAUCUACCUGUCCUGGAAGAGCGGGCCAGGAGAGGUGAAACACUGGAAGGACAUGAUUGCCCGUCCGCGGCAGCCUGUGGCCCAGUGGCACCAGCUGAAGGCCUGAGUGGGGCCAGGAGAGGCCUGGGGGGGCCAAGGGCCCGGGUCCCCAUCAUGCCCUCACCACUUUAUGCACAACGCCCAGCCUGGCCCCCCUGCCGUGGGUGAGGGGAGGACCCUGAGGCUCGGCCUGGCAGGGAGGGGGUCCUAGGACUCGGCCCCAUUUCUAGGAAGUACCAGCCCCACCCCCACCAGUCCAGCUCAGCGGGGAGGGCUCCGGGAGCCGUUUUCCUGCUUUGCCCCUUUCCUUCCUGACUUGCUGAUACUAAAGAAGUGGGGGCAGCGCGAAAGCCAAACUGGCAGAUCCCUCCAGAGGCCCGCCAGGUGGGCAUGGCCCACCGUUUUCUUUGAGGCAGCGCCUGGAGUGGAGAGAGGCCUCCCCCUCCCCACCCCCAUACGUGCCCAGGAGAGAGGAGGUCGAGGCGUUUGGCCCCGGCCAGCAGAGGCCUGGCCCCAGGGCAGUUUCAGGUGCCGGCUGGGCCCUGAAUGCCGAGGAGAGUAUAAAUAGCUCGCUCCAGGUCCUGGACCCAGGGCGCUGUGUACUUGUGUCCAUCCAUGUGUGUGCGUGUGUGUGCAGGGGGGCCACUUGCUCCCUGUCCUCCUGGGGCCGGCAGUGCUUGAAGGCUAUGCCGACAUGACAUGGUUUCAUGAAGGCCAGGUGAGGCUAGAGCUGGGAGAGGGAAGGGCCAUAAAGCCUGGGGUGGAGAGA